AAACCAAAACAUGUUAAAAGGUACGAGAUUCGGUUCACAAGAGAAAAGCAAAUCAUCGGUAUCAUCAAAAGGUCACACGCGUCCCUCUCUUCCCCAUUUUCUGGUUUGUCGUUCAGAAAAUUUACCAAACUUGACCACUGAAGUCUUCAAAAACAGAGCAGAAAGUUUGAAUCUUUAAGGCAAUCGCCAUGGCCUCAUCGUUGUCCAACGCGAUUUCGGUCCUCAGAGAAGCGACCAGAAUACCAGCCAGGAACCAGAAGCUCACGAUCCAAGUCAUGCUUCUCCUCUCGUGCCCCUCCUUCCUCCUCAUGCUUCUCCAUUACUCUCUAGCAGGACCUUUACUGGGGAAAGUCGAGGAUGGCUAUGAACAGUCGAGGUUAGAUCCCGGAGAUGUAAGAGCACUUGCCCUUCUUGAAUCAUUCUUCUUACUGGCCUUUUCCCUAGUUUCUUUCUCCGGGAUGAUGUUGGUCAUAAAUGGGUCAACCUUCCCUCACACCACAAGACCCGUGAGCCUCAAGCAUCUGAUAUCGCGGAUCCGGUCCCGCUGGAAGAAACCCUUCCUUACAUGGCUGUGUGUCUCUGUUUUGACCGCAGCGUACGUCGUUAUGCUGUGCUUCUUUAUCCUAUUCGCCAGCUAUAUCCGGGCGUUUGCCGGUAAUCUCGCGUCGGUGAUUGGUGUUGUCGCAACUGUGGCUGUAACGCUUCUGCUGUACUUUUACCUUGCUCCUAAAUGGGCUCUUGGACUGGUCGUUUCUGUCGUGGAGGAUGAUUGGCAAGGCAUGAAGGCACUGUCAGCGAGAGCUCAAGAGCUAAUCAGAGGGAAGAAGACGGAAGGUUUUAUCCUUGUGUUGGUAUUAGCUCUGUUGAGCGUCCCCAUCUAUGUGCUGUUCUACGUCACGGUCACGGAUGACGAGGAUCACCUCGUCCUGAUGGUCAAGAUUGGUUUUGGCUUCUGCAUAACGAUCCUUCUGUGCCUGGUAAACUCCUUCAGCUGUGCGGUGUUCACCGUGUUCUACUAUGUCUGUAGCCAGAGGCUAGGUGAGAAAUUGGAGGUGGAACUGGAACUAGGGCAUGGGUAUGAUUCAGUCCCUUCUAAUCUUCAGGUUGAACUUUCUGGUCCUUGAUAGAGUUCUGCAUUUGACAUGUUUUUGUUCUGGAGCUCACUAAUGUAACUGAUGGGUACCAUAUCCGCUCUAUAGUACAUGGACUAGAAGAAUGUAUCUUCUUUUGUU